AUGAACACAGAGCUGUCCGAGCGCUUCAAAAGUGUUCGUCACCGCUCCAAUAUUCGCAGUGCCCGGGAUAACACCCUCAAUGACGAACCUGGCCCUACCCUCUGUUUGGACAUCCGCGACUAUCACACAAAGCAAGCACAGAUCCAAUCUACCUCUGACAAAGAUGCCUGGCUCUCUCAAGAUGAAGUCCCGACAAAGCAGGAGCUGGCUGUCGAAGGAGCUACCCUCCUUGCAAACAAGAUUGAGGGCCCCUACAAGAGCAAGGACAGAUACCUGAAAACUCACCAUGCACUACUCCGGGAGGAUUCCGUCGGCUGCCUCCGUGACGCCAUCCAGGAAUUCCUUCGGGAUCCCACCACCAGCGACACUAUGAAGUUCUCAGUGUACGAUCAGGUCCACAUUGUUGGUUUUACUUUUGCACGUCGAGGAGUUGCUGCCAGGAUCAAAUUCACCACGCGUCGAGCAGGGAGACGUAUCAAAUGGGCUAACAGUAAAAGACUGGUCAGUGGCAGUAUCGUCGCACUCAUACCAGCUAAAACCAAGACCAUCGAUCUGAACGACAUGGUUGUGGCUGUCAUCGCAGCAAGGCCGCUGGCUGGGUUGUUGUGUGAACCCCCGGAGAUUGACAUUUACUUUGCCCGGCCUGAAGAAAUUCAGCUCGACCCCCAGAAAGAGUGGCUCAUGAUUGAAGCAAAGCAAGGCUACUUUGAGGCUUACCGUCACACAUUGAAAGCGUUACAAAAGCUUAGCUCGGAGACAUUCCCCAUGAGUGAUCAUAUCUGUCAUCUCUCCCCCUCUACCCAACCUCCUGCCUACAUUCACGAGAACCCUGUUCUCGACUUGAGCGUAGUAGCGGGCCCUGCACAGAAGCAAGAAUACUCCAAAAUCGAUGUAACCAAAGACUGGCCUCCGACUCCCGCAGACUCGCUGGACGACACGCAGUGGGAGGCUCUGAAAGAGAUUCUUACUAAACGACUAGCUAUUGUUCAGGGCCCCCCCGGGACAGGAAAGACAUAUGUCUCGAGAAAAGCCCUUGAAAUUCUACAUGCGAAUCGGAAGACGGCAUCGGAUCCGCCUAUAGUUAUUGCUGCUCAGACAAACCACGCUCUUGAUCAGCUGCUGCAGCAUAUCUCUGUCUUCGAGCCCAAUUAUGUUCGGUUGGGAGGCCGCUCUACCAAUCCCGAGGUCCAGAAGCGGGCGUUAUUUGCACUUCAGAAAGCGGAACGACUGAGGCCAGUUCCAGGUGGAUCGUUGGGAAAAGCCAGCAGCCUCCUGACCAAACAAAUCAAUACCAUGACUCAGAUCUUGGAACCUUUUGCCAUGUCAGGGCCGGACCCGUGGUCCACGGAUCAGGUGUCUGGACCUCAGGUUCUCGAAAAGCUAGGAGCUAUCAGUGCUCAACAAGCUCGAUCACUUGAAGAUGGUGCAUCCCAAUGGGUCUCGGCAACCACCGCAGCAGAAGGUCCCUUACAGUUAUGGUUGGAUAAAGCGCUUGUACCAUUCGAGGUCGACUAUACAGCAGAAAACUACGGCUUCGAGGAAGUUGAAGAUAACGAUCUCGAAUUCGAGCAGCUCAGAGAAAACGAGGACUCUACAGGAGUGAAUGAUGAGGAAGACAUUGAGAUGCUCAGAGGUCCGUGGAAAGAACUCCGCGACAGAUUUACUGUUCAGCCUCCUUCAUCAGCCGAUCUUGCUAGAGCGACAAAGUUGCUGGAUACUGUUUCAGAUUUGUGGAAAAUCGGUCAUUACUGGCGUGGUCCUGUUUACCACGUUAUUCAGUCACGAGCCAAGGAUGCAAUCACAGCCAAAUUUCGGGAGGCAGCCGAGAACUACAAUCAGCUCGCCAAAGACUACCUCAUUGGCAAAUGGGAACAAGAUAUCGUUUAUCUCCAGCGAUCUGCCAUCAUCGGUAUGACAACUACUGGAUUGAGCAAAUACAGACCUCUCGUGGCAGCUCUCAAACCAAAGAUCAUCCUCAUCGAAGAAGCGGCUGAGGUGCUGGAGGCUCCUGUCACGGUCGCAUGUGUGGAAAGCCUCGAGCAUCUCAUCCUGAUUGGAGAUCAUCAACAGCUUCAGGGCCAUUGCAGCGUCAGAGAACUAGAAGGCACCCCUUUCCAUCUGAAUGUGUCACUGUUUGAAAGACUUGUGCGGAACAACAUGGCAUUCAAAAUGUUGCUCCAGCAGCGACGAAUGAUACCCGAAAUUAGUCGACUCAUCUCCGUUCUCUACCCACAUCUGAAGGAUCACCCCAGUGUCAUCGACCGGCCAGUCCAGUCGUGGGGUAUGGGCAAGAUCAAAUCAUUCUUCUUCGACCACGAAUGGUGGGAGGCGAAAGACGAGUCCCUCUCAACGUAUAACUCUGAAGAGGCCAAAUUCAUCGCUGGCUUCUACCUCUACCUUUUCAGGAACGGCAUCAGCCCUUCGCGGAUCACGGUACUGACCUUUUACAACGGACAGCGCAAACGCAUAGUCGCUGAGCUGAAAGCAUUCCCUGAAUUUCGGAAUGCUUGCAAGUUGAAUGUGAAAACAGUGGAUUCAUACCAGGGAGAGGAAAACGAUAUCGUCAUUCUGUCUUUAGCCCGAAACAAUGAGGAAGGCAAGAUCGGGUUCUUGUCCAAUGAAAACAGAACCUGUGUAGCUCUCUCCCGGGCGAAAUACGGCUUCUAUCUCUUUGGAAACGCCAGAAUCCUCAUGAAUGGAAGCGACUCGGGGGUGUGCUUCCAAUACAGUGUCAACCCCAUGGCAGGACUACUCUUAUUGGAUAUCCAGGAGACUGGGAAAACAACGGAGGUGGCUGCAUGCUACCCUGCGACACGACCCUGCCCUGUGGUCACUGUUGCCCUAGUCUCUGCCAUCAACACCCACUUGACGGCGUCCAAUGCACGCUCGACUGUCGCGAGACGCUCAUGUGUGGUCAUAGGUGUGGUGGCCGAUGCUCUCAAAUAUGUUUUUGCCCUUGUGAUGAAUUUACCAAGAGAUAAGGAGGUACCGGGUGCAACGGUCAUUGAUCAGACGCUUACCCGCUUACCUCCGCAGGAUAUCCCUCUCGAGGCUAGAACUGGGGUUGGUCCACCACAUAUCUCAACGUUAGGCUAUCGCAUCGAUGCAUCGCUUCCAACGCGGCCAGAACCGCCAAAGGUCGAUGGCCAACGAGGAACAGGUUGGAGUUCGGCAUCCCAGAAGAAUACUCAGUCGGACUCUCUGUCUCCAGUCACGCAAUCUGAGCUCCGGAAAGGCUGGAAAGACUUUGCUAAGGGCGGAUUUGUUGCUGACGACGAACGUCUAAAUUUGCUCACCUCACAAUCAUCGCCUGGCCAGCAGCGCCGCGAACUCCUAUGGGUCGACACGCCUCCAUCUUUGAGGGCUCAUUAUGGACCUCAGAGAAGCUCUCAAGUUAUCCCAAACCAGGAGGAAGCUGCUAUGGCCAUAAGCGAUGGCAGAACGGGAUUCUUGCAAGAAUUACAAGCCGAGUCGGCGGCACACGAGAACGCGCCGUUGCCCGCCGAGAUUCGUGGUGGUCAACUGGGAGACGAUGUUCAAGCAAGUGAGGCCAAAUAUCAUAUGUCCCAGAAGUGA